UUUUAGAGUAAUACAAAAUACCAAAUUAUAUCUUCCUUCUCAUCGCCGCCCAGCUUCUCCUGGUUCUUCCCCAAUUCAAAGGCUUUUUCUCCGGGUUUUGUUUAAAUUGAGGGUUGUAUCAGUAGCUAAUAGUGAGAUUGGAUUUUGAAGAUGGUGGCGUUGACGGAUAUUCUUCCAAAGGCAAAAUCAUCAGUCAAUGCUAAUUACGACCACACAAACGACCCAUGGUUUAAAAAUAGGUACAGUGUAACCGAGGCCGAGAAUUCCGAGGCUCCCAAAGCUAAGUCAGUCCCUCCCUACUUGAAACGAGCAGGGUUUAAGCCGUCUAAGCCCGAAGAUUUCGGUGAUGGAGGAGCCUUCCCUGAAAUUCACUACGCACAGUACCCACUUGGCAUGGGCAGAAGCACGAACCAGAAAUCGGGUGGCAAGACUCUACCCCUCACCGUGGAUGAACGAGGCAACUUGAGAUAUGAUGCAAUUGUGAAACAGAAUGAGAACGCGAAGAAGAUUGUGUACUCUGACCACACCGAUCUUGUUCCAAUCUUUGUUAAAGAUCUCGAGAAAGAAGAUGAAAUGGAGGUGGACGAAAAGCAGAAAGAAAUCGACGAGACUAUGCAAGAAACCAAAGCUGCGCUCGAGAAGAUAGUUAACGUGAGGUUGAGUGCUGCACAGCCGAAAAAUGUUCCGGCACAGUCUUCCGACUCCAAGUUUAUCAAGUACAAGCCAUCACAGCAGUCGGCGGCUUUUAACUCGGGAGCUAAAGAGAGGAUUAUUCGCAUGGUGGAGAUGCCUGUGGAUCCAAUGGAGCCGCCCAAGUUCAAGCACAAGAGGGUUCCAAAAGCUUCCGGUUCUCCGCCCGUGCCAGUUAUGCAUUCCCCUCCUCGGCCAGUGACUGUGAAGGACCAGCAAGACUGGAAAAUCCCACCUUGUAUUUCCAAUUGGAAGAAUCCAAAAGGAUAUACAAUACCGCUAGACAAGCGUCUAGCUGCAGAUGGUCGUGGUCUGCAAGAUGUUCAGAUUAAUGAUAAUUUUGCAAAGUUAUCGGAGGCUUUAUAUGUUUCGGAGCAGAAGGCGAGAGAGGCUGUUGCAGUUCGUUCGAAGGUUCAAAAGGAGAUGAUGAUGAAAGAGAAGGAUAAGAAAGAGAUGGAGCUUCGUGAAUUGGCAAGAAAGGCGAGGUCCGAAAGGACCGGUGUUGCUCCGGCAGCUUCUGUGCCUAUGCCGCCUUCCGAGAGGGGCGGCGGUAUUGGUAUUGACGAUGGUGACAUGAGUAUGGAUUACGAGCGUGUGAGAGAUGCUCCGAAGGAAUCGAGAGGGGAGAGAGAGGAGCGGUUGCAGAGGGAGAAAAUCCGCGAGGAGAGGCGGAAAGAGAGGGAGAGGGAGAGAAGACUCGAGGCGAAAGAUGCUGCCAUGGGGAAGAAGAGCAAGAUUACUAGAGAUAGAGACCGUGAUAUCAGUGAGAAAGUGGCUCUCGGAAUGGCAUCCACAGGAUCGAAAGGAGGUGAAGUCAUGUACGAUCAGAGGCUGUUCAACCAGGAGAAAGGGAUGGACUCUGGUUUUGCUACUGACGAUGCUUACAACAUUUACGACAAGGGUUUGUUCACUGCUCAGAAUACUAUGAGCACUCUGUACAGGCCUAAGAAAGAUGCGGAUGACGAGAUGUAUGGUGGUGCGGAUGAGCAGCUGGAUAAGCUGAUGAAGACCGACCGCUUCAAAGCUGAUAGGUCGUUUGCAGGUACGUCUGAGAAGACCGGCCCGAGAGAGAGGCCCGUUGAGUUUGAGAAGAACCAGCCGCCUGAGGAAGAUCCGUUCGGUCUUGAUCAGUUCUUGACUGAGGUUAACAAGGGUAAGAAAGCAAUGGAUAAAGUUGGGGGUGGAGGCACUUUGAAGGCUAGCGCGGGGUCCAUGAGAGAUGGCUUUGAUGGUUCAGGUAGAUCAAGAAUUGGAUUUGAAAGGGGGCGUUAAUUCGGGUUUUGAUUCUGUUUAAAGUUAAAUCUCGGAAAAUUUCCACAACUUUGAUCUUUUUCUUACUUGUUUUAUGUGAGAGAUUUUGAAUUAUGAAUUGCACUUUGUGUUUGCUGUCUUUUGGUGAUAGCUAUAAUCUGUAAUGAAUGUUGUGACAUUUGAUAUUUGGUGUUACUGAUGUUAAAAUAUGUACUUUGCAAUGGU